CUUUUGCCUUGCUCACAUCAAUGCCCCUGGCCACUCACUUUCUGAUGUUGCACGACGGGAAAUGCUUUGAAUGCUUGCGACAUGGCCGCGCACAUUGAUUGCCAAGAUUGACAGCAGCUCUCCGCCGUCUUGUUCUUGUUCUUCUUCUUCUCCUUCUUCCUCUUCUCGUCCUUCUUCCUCCUCUCCUGUCCUUGUUUUCUGUUCUGCACACCAGCGGGGACAAUCCGGUAGCAGAGCAGCUCGUCUCCUAGAAACAUUUUUUUUGACAGUUUUCAACAAAACUCGCUCUGCGCUCUGCUUUUUCCACUUUUGAAUUUUUUUUUCCGGCGAGACUGUUUUGUUUUGUUUUGUUUUUCUUUUGUUUUGUUUUUGUACCGAUUCGGGAUACGACGUAAAAGACAACGAGACUGAGGUUUGACUCCGCGUGCUUCCCAUCGAGAAUUGUCUGCGCGUGGCUCAGCGGAAACACCGUGCCGUCGCGCGCGCUGUGCACAACGUGCCGUUUCCUGUAGCCGGGGAUCUGGAGCGCGAAACAUUUGUCGCAUAUGGUGCCGGUCAUUUUCAUGAAUUCAAAAUUAACUAACAAGUGAUUUCUGGGAGCUGGGGAUAAAGUUGCACUGUUUACAACCCAAAUGCUGAACAUGGAGGGCUUUCUGCGUAGCAGCUUUUUACUGAGCAGAAUCAUGUCUUCCAAACAAGCCACCUCUCCGUUCGCCUCGGGUGCAGAUGUCAAUGAGGACGGACCGGGACAGGAGCGCCUGGUUUGGGAGAAGGAUGAAGGCAUGGAGCCUCUGGCAGCACCGCAGCUGCCCAUACACAACCUGCUGCACGGCAAGAUCCACAGCGAAGAACUGCCUCCUGUCAGCAGCAGCGUGCCGCCUGAAUCCGACUGGGACAGCCUGGUGUCGGCCCAGCAGCGCAUGGAGUCAGACAGCAAUAAAGUAUGUUCCCUGUACUCCUUCCGGAAUAACUCUACCUCUCCGCACAAGCCGGAGGAGGGGGCACGGGAGCGAGGUGACCUGCUGGGUGCGUCCGCCUUCGGAACGCCGGAACGCCGCAAAGGGAGCCUGGCCGACGUAGUGGACACAUUGAAGCAGAAGAAGCUGGAGGAGAUGACAAAGACAGAGCAAGAUGAAACGUCCUGCAUGGAAAAACUGCUUUCUAAAGAAUGGAAAGAGAAAAUGGAUAGACUGAACACGAGUGAGCUCUUGGGAGAGAUACAAGGUACUCCAGAAAGUCUGGCUGAGAAAGAGAGGCAGCUUUCGACGAUGAUCACGCAGCUGAUCAGCUUGAGAGAGCAGUUACUGGCUGCCCACGAUGAACAGAAGAAACUGGCUGCCUCGCAGAUGGAGAAGCAGCGGCAGCAAAUGGAGCUGGCUCGACAGCAGCAAGAACAAAUUGCCAGACAGCAGCAGCAACUUCUUCAGCAGCAGCACAAAAUCAAUCUCCUACAGCAGCAGAUUCAGGUCCAGGGUCACAUGCCUCCUCUCAUGAUCCCCAUUUUUCCACACGACCAGCGCACUCUGGCUGCCGCCGCCGCCGCCCAGCAGGGCUUCCUCUUCCCCCCAGGCAUGUCCUACAAGCCAGGUGAUAACUACCCGGUGCAGUUCAUUCCUUCCACAAUGGCAGCUGCCGCCGCGUCAGGACUCAAUCCUCUUCAGCUCCAGCAACUUUACGCCGCCCAGCUGGCCAGCAUGCAGCUCUCUCCAGGAGCCAAGAUGGCGCCUUUGCCCCAGCUGUCUAAUUCUGCAGGGCCACUCUCACCUGGGCCCAAGAGUGAGAAGAGGUCCUCCAGCCCACUGGGCCAAGUCAAGGAGGAGGGAACGCAGCCCUUGAACCUCUCGGCCCGGCCUAAGACAGCUGAGCCAGUGAAAUCCCCCAUGUCCCCGACACACAGCCUGUUCCCAGGCAGCAAGGGAAGUCCAAGCAGCCAGCCCAAAAGUGGAGGCAUCCCCAGUCCCCUCAGUUUGGGCCGAGGAUCAUCCCUCGAUAUCUUGUCAAACCUGAACUCCACAGCACUAUUUGGAGACCAGGAUGCUGUGAUGAAGGCUAUCCAGGAAGCAAGGAAAAUGAGGGAGCAGAUCCAACGUGAGCAGCUGCAGCAUCACCAACAGAGCAUGGACGCUAAACUCUCGGCUCUUUCAGGCCUCGGUCUUAACAACUGCAGAGCUGACAAGGAACGAGUCCACUUUGAAAGUUUGGGACAUCAUUUGGGAAAACUGGGAGAGGAUGGGAAGAUUGGACAGAGGGUAAUUGACCUGACCAGGCCGGAGGAUCUUGAUGGAGGCGCCAGCACCACUGAGGCCCGGGUGUUCAGAGAAUCGCGGGGACGGAACCCCAAUGAGCCGCACAUCAAGCGACCCAUGAAUGCCUUCAUGGUGUGGGCCAAGGAUGAGCGGCGCAAAAUUCUGCAGGCUUUCCCAGAUAUGCACAACUCCAAUAUCAGCAAAAUUCUAGGCUCUCGCUGGAAGGCCAUGUCCAACCAGGAAAAGCAGCCGUACUACGAAGAACAGGCUCGUCUGAGCAAAAUCCACCUAGAGAAGUACCCCAACUACAAGUACAAGCCUCGGCCCAAGCGCACGUGCAUCAUUGAUGGCAAGAAGCUGCGCAUUGGCGAGUACAAGCAGAUGAUGCGCUCGCGGAGGCAGGAAAUGCGGCAGUUCUUCACGGUAGGGCAGCAACCCCAGACUCAGCUCCCGAUCAGCAGUAGUGCAGGUGUCGUCUAUCCCGGAGCCAUCAGCAUGACCUCGGACUGCUCAAGCAACUCUGCCAGCCCUGAGCCCACUGUGCCUGUCAUCCAGAGCACCUUUGGCAUGAAGCUGGAGCCCAACGUGCCCAGCGUGGUCCCCAAUGAGCCGGUCAACGGUGAGGACGACAUGGACAUGUAUGAGGACUUCGAGGAUGAACCCAAAUCGGACUACAGCAGCGAGAACGAAGUGCAGGAGCCUGUCAGUGCCAAUUGAGGAUUUCUUUUAUUCAUAGUGGACAGAUGGGGUACUGAAGGAAGAGGAGAAAAAAAAAACAGACAAACAAAAAAAACUACUAUAAAUUAAAAAAAGGAGCAAGAAAAAAAAAAAAAAAAAACUUGUUUCUGAUAAUAUAUCCCAUAGGAGCCUGCAUGCACGUGUGGCUCCCGGCUUCAUCGGCUUUUUGGUCUUAAAUGUUUCUUCGAGUGUGAAGCAGUUUGAUUGUUUUUAUUAUUAUUAUUUUUUCUUUUUUUAUUCUUAUUUGAUCAUGGAUGUGUACACAAACUGACUUGUAAAGUUACAGAGGGCCGGACUUGAAACACAAUUAUAGCUCUCACAGUCUUACAUAUUUUAGUUGUUAUUAUUAUUAUUUUUUUUUUUAGAUCACUGUUUUAUGACGGGGUUCUGUAUUUCUCUCAGGUAUGCUGUGCCAGCCAACAGCGUGUGAAUGUUUUUUUUUUUUUUUUUUUUUUUUGGUUUGAGCUAUUUCGAAGAUAGCAGAACAACAAAAAAAAAAUUUACAAUUUAUGACGAAACACAAAACUGCCCCUUCUUUAAAACCAUCUUAUCUUAUCUUACAUUAUUUUAUCUUAAUGCUCGUCUUAUUAUACUUAUUAUAUAAAAAUUUCCAAAUCCAGGUCCAACCACGUACAAACGUAAUCUUAGAUCUCCGAGUCUUAAAGAGAAGACCUCACGAGUCUUAGACAAUCUUUUGGAAUUUUAUCGCAAAAGAAAAAAUACCUUUCCCUCUUCUUCAGGCACUCAGGAAUUUUAGGCAGUGUUAGAGAUGCUGGAUUUUAUUAAGUUGAUCUGAAAGUCCUUGUUGAUGUCCAGGAGGUCCAGUGCAGUGAUCACGCAGCAUGUCUCGCCCUUCGCUUCAGUCUUACAACCACCACGUUCUUAAUCAUAGAGAUUGGCCGGCAUGCCAAAGCGGGGGCCAAAGGCAUCCAAUCUGUGAAAUUAAAAUGGCAGCAAAAGGCAGCUUCAGUGGCAUUACAAUCACAAAAUUGCUGUUCUACAAUACAUGCUGGCUUUUUUUUUUUUUUUUUUUUACAGCAUAGCAGUAAGUCCUUAAGGGCUUUCUGUCAUUACGAAGGCUGUUUUUUCUAUGUUAUAAACCGUAAUUGACACGAGAAAGUCUUAAACUGGAGCGUAAAAAAAGUCUUAAAAGAAAUGAGAAGUUUGUUUGGGACAGAUAAGAGACUUAUCUGAAGAUAAUAAAUCUUUUACACAGGAACGCUGUCUAAUUCUAGAUUGUGAUUGGUCAGAAGGUGUUGAUUUAUUUUCUAUAACAGCAGUUCUGACACUAGCGCAGGUUUAUAUCAAUAUGCUCGUUCUGACAGAUUAUCCGAAUGGAAAAAAUUAAAGGUGUGACCUUUACUAUAAGCUCCUGACACUGGAAUUUCUCAGUGCUUAAAAAGUAGUUUUUUUUUUUUUAUUAUUAACUUUAAAUGCUUUGUGAGGGAACGAGUUUUUAUAGCUGCUAUAACGUAAGUGAUAAUCUUGUUUCAUGGCCUUUCAUAUUGUAAAUAUAAUUGGCUAAAAAGGACAGUUAUUUAAUGAAUUAUAGAACACCUUAGGAUGAGCGGUUGUGGAAAAUAAACUACUUAUAAGUCCGAAGUCUUUCACAUCACCUGGUACCUCGAGAGGCUGCCAUCUGGACCAGGAACUUGUACUCCAGACUCGAACUUAGACUUGGACGGUCCAUCAGCCGGCAUGGAAAACAAUAUGGACGGGAGGGAGUCGAUCGUUGAUUGUGCUCAUUCCAUCAAAGUAUAGCCGAAAUCCAUGAGGUGCUGCAGAGCAGAUGGAACAAGUAGAUCAAGCUGUGGGAGAUUAUUAAAAUGACUGACGAGUCUGUAUCAUCUGAAACACACCAUUAUUAAUGCAUGAGGCUCGCUAUUUUCCUCCUGCCCUUGAACCUGCCUUUUUUAUUUAUUUUUUAUUUCCAUUAGCAACACGGCAAUUACUGGUGGGCCGAUAAGCUGCUGGUCACUGCAAUGCCUCUCAAGGUCGUAAAUAUAACAAAAUUAAGUAAUUAAUUUGAAAAAAAAAUAUAUAUAUCGUCUUUAAGCGCUUAUUUACUUUCAUUCGAGUGUUUAAAAUUUCUAUGAAACCCCUAAAAAUAGAGAAGCAUUUACAUUAAGUCUUAGGAGUCUCUGAAGCACUUCUGUAGUAAAAAAAAAAAAAGUGUAUUAUUAUUAUAAUGUUUUUUGCUUUAUUCAUUUGCUUGUAGUGAUUUUUCCCUAAUUUAAUUAGUUAUUUUUCCUUUUUUUUGGUUUUGGUUUUCAAUAGAUGGCUUUUUUUUUAACUCUCAUAUCUGUUUGCUGGUAGAUUGACUUGUACAUUUUUUGUACAGAUUUUCUUGACCAGGCCAAACUGAUUUUCUAGGCUGGCGGUAGACAAAAAGACUGUUGUCAGGACUGAAACUUGAUCAUGCUUGUGUAAUAGGGGGAAAAGGUUUUUUUUUAAAGAGAGAGAAAGAGAGAAGACUUCGGUCACACACAGCGUUUCAUAAGUGUUACAAGCACUGGAUAUAUAAAUGGUAUUUUUUAUCGAUUCUGACUAAUGUGAAGCCGUCGUGCGAGAAAAAAAAAAUCAACACGAACAAAAGUGACCUGUUUGGACAUACCAGAUUUGAGUCAUAGAUUUUUUUUGUUUGUUUUGUGUGUGUGUGUGUGCGUGUGUUUUUUUUUUUUUUUUGUUAAUUUAUGCAAAGACAUAUGAUUAAUGAAUACUUUUGUUUUUAAAAAGCUCCAGUGCUGCCUAAGGGAGAUAAAGAGCAGUAAGCUCGACCGAAGACUCAAGAAACUGAGAUCAGCCGAGACACACGCCGGACUUUUUUCGAUCGUGCAUCUUUUAAACGCUCAUGUUCGUUUUUUGUGUUUGUAUAUUGUAUUUGAAACCUAUAUAGUGCAUAUAGACUUUUAUUGUAUUUAUUAGCCAUUGUUGGCUAUAAAACUUGUCAGUAGAAUUUAAAUAAAAAGGACAAUCAGAAAAGAAAAUACAGUGACGCUAAAUUGGAACCCAAAAUUUUCUUUUUUUUUUUUUUUAUACAUCUCAUUCUCUUUUUCUUUAAAACUGAUUGUAAAUAUAACAUAGAAAAAUAGAAUUCUAUUUUUGUUCAUGGAUACUGACUGAAGUAUAAGUUAUAUGUUUGAUGUAUGUUAUGUUGUUUCUUUUUUUCCCUUUUGGUGUUUGUGUGUAUGUUGGUCAAUCAUUCUUUAGACAAAAAAGAAAAAGAAAAAAGAAGAUUCAAACCUAGACAAGUCACUGUACCUCAUGUAGAUGCUGAACUCCUUGUCCUUCUUGAUCAGACAGUAUUGGAUACGACUCAUGCGAAACGAAGAACCUCGCUCAGAUUUGUUUUUCACGUCAAAACGUUUAAACACAUUCAAAUCUAAAUUUGGGUUGUCACACGAGAUCCACAGCGAGGUUCUCACUAAGCUCAGUCCAUGGGGAUGAACAAAUAUUUAUUAUUUUUUUAUGCUGAAUAACACAAACACAUUCUUUGCAUUUUUUUGUAUGUCUUUGUAGAAUUUCUUUUUUUCUUUUUUUUCCUAUUUUCAGCGUUUCAGCAGCUGCAGUCCAUUUUGUGUUCAAUUUGUUCUGAUCACUGCCAUUUUUUAAUGCAAAUUAGAUACAACUGAAGACAAGAUGCGUAUGCUGUUUAUACUUCUCUUACUGUAAUUCUUGUGUUAUUUCAUUCAUUAGACUUUAAUGAUGUAUAUUGUGAGAUUUUUUUCUGUUGCUAAUUUAAUCAGCACAAUUCACUGACAUGCUGGACUGAAAUGCUAGCUGCUGUUCAGAAAAUUACUCCAUUUUUUCCCCCCUUUUUUUCUUUCUUUUUUUGCUGUCAGGGACAAAUUAUUGUCAUUGCAAUGGUACUUUCUAGUUUCUAGUCUCUCAAGCAACACUGUGCGUGGCUCAUGGAAUGGCCAGGCCGCUCUCAAUUUGAAUCCCGCUGGCAGCCUGAUACUUUGAUUUGUUUUUUGUCCUUUUUUUUUUGUCAUGCAUAUAGAAACCGGUUUUCCCUCGGCAGGUAUACCUGGCCAGGUAUUGUUCGGGGGGCAUUAGAGAUAUAGAACUAGUGUGCUGCUUUAAGAAAAAACAAAAACAAAAUAAAAAAAAACAAACAAAACAAAAAACAAGUAAUUAAGUCUAAAAAUAUGUAAAUAGUUUAUCAUAUCUUGUACAGUCCAGUGUAAAGUUUUUAAUUGAACUUAAAGGUUGCCAUCACACGCGUGUUCAUGUUUUUUUUUUUUCUUUAUACAGUACAAAACAGAAUGAAAGAUGGCAGUUUGCUAUAAGGGUAUUAUUGUUUUAAAAUCAUCAUAAUAAAAAAGACAAAAAAGGUACUAAAAUAUUUUCUGCUUGGCUUCAGUAUGUAAUAAACCAGCAAUUUAUUGUUUUUUUUUUCCUUCCAUGUGCAGUAUUGACGUGAGGUAAACUAAAUUAAUUCUACAGUCGUAUGUUCCAGAGACAAGUCUUCUCUCUGUAAUGGUAGUAUUAAUAUAAAUAAAAUAAUCCAGAAGAGUGAUGCAUUUUGGUUUAUUUAGGCACCUUAGUGGAUUGUACAAUUCUCUAGGUCGCUCUCCACACAGGAGGCGUUUUUUUUGUUGUUGUUUCUUUGUUUGUUUGUUUGUUUGUUUUGACAUAAAGUUGUAAAGUAAUGACAUUUCUACAGUAUACUCAAUACAUUUGAUGUACAAUGGCAGACGAGGGAGUUUCUGUUUGUUUUAGCUCAUUUACCUCAAGAGUAUCCUCUUUUUUGUUUCAUAAAAACCGUACAACACACAUUGAUACACACACGCACACAAACACACGCACCCAUACAACCAGAAAAUCGUCUCACCAUCACUCCAUCUUUUGUACUGCUGUUGACACUUACAAAUUAAAGAGACAUUUUGUUUUAAA